AUGAAUUUAAAUGCCGAUCGUGGCGGGGUGGUGUUGGUUUCAGUCAUUCAACCUCCAAUGUUAUGUCAUGAUGAAAAGAAGAAUUGUAAAUUUGUGAGCGAGAAUGAAAUGAAUCAAUUAAUGAUUUCCUAUUGCGAGCGAUUGAUGAAUGGAGUGGAUGGUAUGAGUGAAUUUGUGAGACAUCUUUCAGAGGAAACAAUGAAAUCAUGUCAUGAUCGAGUCAUCGAGAAGAGUCAUUCCGUGAUCAAUGAUUCGAAUCAUGAAUGGAAUAAUUCAGAGCUGGAAGAGGACAAUCAUGACAUCCUUUCAUUAUGUGUCCGAUCGGAUCAUCAUCAUGACUUUUGGAAUCAAGACCAUUCGGAGAUGUCAGGCCUGUUGAAUGCUUUAAAUGAGCUAAGCGAUGAAAUUCUUCAAUUAAUUUUUCAAUUUGUGGAUAAUCAAACGCUUCAAUCUGUCAUGUUGAGUGGUUCAAGACUUUAUCAAAUUUUAUCACAACCCCAAUUUUGGAAAGACAAGUGUGAAAAUGAAGGAUUACAAUGGUACAAUUAUUAUUUCAAGAGAAACAACCAAAACCUUCAUUCUUUAGAUUUUCUGUACAAAAAAUUCUACACGAAAGUGAUUGCUAGGAGGACAGUAUUUAAUAUGAAACAUUCAAAUGGGAAAAUAUUUACAUUUACUCUCGCUUCACAUACUUCCAUGUUGACUUGCUUUUCACAUUUUGGAGUUAUUUAUAUCGAUCCUUCUCUGUAUUAUGAAUUUAACACUUUGAAUUGCUAUGAAACAUCACACUCUUCUCUUUCAUUAAUAUCACUACUUUCUGACACACUUUACAAAUGUUACAGCUCUGGAUUGAAAAUUCUCUGUUUUCUGAUCGAUUUUGCCUCUCUACACAAUGACGAAAUGAAUCAUGUCAAGGAAGUGUUACAUAACUCGUUAGAACCUGAAUUGCAAUUAAUUUAUAAUAAGUCAGGAUAUUUGGGUUCUCCAAUCAUACUGGACUCUAACUCUCGAACACUUCAAGGCAUUAUUGAUCGCAACGAUGGAGGUCCCAAUUUAUUGACGCACAUCCUUACAGAAAUUUCCAAACUUUCUCAUCUUACACGUUCCAUUCGAAUGCAAAAUUACAAGAGAUUAAAACAAAAAACGGUCAAGAUUGUCAAUCAUUGGUCACCUUAUACAAAGUUACCACCCAAGUCAUUGGAGUUGAGAUGA